UUUAAUUAUCUUUUAAAAAUAUUGAGUAAAUAUUGAUAUUGAUGUUCUCGGCAGUGAAUACAAACGUGAGUCGCCGAUGUUUAGUGCUCAUCGGCAAUCGAUGAGGAAUCUUACACUGGCCUUGCUUCUGCUCCUACUGCAGCCGUUACCGGCACUCUUCCGGCCAGCCGUUGCUGCUGAGGAGUGCGACGGCGGCAGGCAGCCAUUAGUGGAAUGGCAGACCCUCACAAAACGCAACUAUUCUUCGGAGAUCCGUCUCCAUCCCCAUCUUCUCCUCCUCGUCACCGUUCCCUGGUCUGGAGAGUCUAGGUCCCUUAUGAAGCAGUUAGGUCAUGCAGUAAAUAGUGAGCAAUGUAGAUUUGGCUCCCUAAAGCUGAGGGUACUAUUUAGGAACAGUGAGAAAAUGCUGGCUGAUGCGCUCGGUGCUAACACUGGAAUUUCUGUUCUAUAUUAUCAUAAUUCCUUGUUUUACAAGUAUCGUGGGAGACUUAGAGCUCACAGCAUAUUAUCAUCUGUCCAUUAUGUUAUGUCAUUAUUGCCUGAAGAACUUCCUCUGAAAUCUUUGAACACACCGGAGGAGCUGAAAGCUUUCCUUGGUUCAACUGACAAGGCUUUACUUCUCUUAGAAUUUUGUGGGUGGACUCAUGAAGUGCUGGCCUCAGGCAAGAAUAAUGGAACAGAAAAUGGAUUUGGUUUGAAUGAAGAGUUAAAUGAAACAAUUUCAACCAAUGAGAGUACAGCUCAAAAGGGGAUGAAAAAUGAGAAGAUGGAUUGUGACAUUGAUGAUGGGGUUGGUUUCAUUCCUCAGCUUAACAAGUUUACUUUAGGAAAUGAGAGUGCUCUCUCAACUCCUGGAAAUACGACACAUGGUGGAUCUUCUUGUGAAAUUAAUGAAUUUGUACGUUUUAAGUCUUUCUUAGAAAAAUCCCUGACAGUUACAAGAGAGUUUUUUCUUCCUCCUGAAAGGCUAAAAUUUGGUCUAGUUCCCAAUAGAUCACUGCUUUCAGUGCUAAAUAUUGAAGAUCCAGGACCAUGGUUGAUGACACUGCAAGUUGCUGGAUGCCCAACUUGUUCAAAUGUUCUCAAAGAGGGUGAUGAUCUAAAAACCAUUAUACAGACUCAAGCAUCACUCGUUGCAGAGCUGGAAAAUGAUGCAGAUGACCCUGGGCUCACUCUUCCGGCUAAUAAGCCCUCAAUGCUUCUUUUUGUCGAUAGAUCUUCAGAUUCAUCAACUUUGAGACAAGAGAGCAAGCAAGCAAUUGAUGCUUUUAGAGAGUUAGCACUGCAUUAUCAUAAUUCUCAUCCGGGGAGUGGAAAAGAUACUUUAAUUUCUGAAAAGAGAUCUGCUGAAGCAAUACAAAAAUUGAAGGGUGCUUCCAAACACCGUAGAUUAGAUCUUUUUCAAGCAGCACAAAAGAUAAAUGUCAAUGAAAAGAUGUCUAUUGUUAUAAUGAAUGAGGGGAAGCAUGUCUCUGUUGAAAACCUUGUUGCUGAUUUGCAAGGUAGUUCCCUCCAUGAGAUAUUGACAUAUGCACUUAAGCAAAAGAAGGAGAUGAAGUUAAGCACAAUAGCAAAAGGUGCAGGAUUUCAACUCCUAUCUGAAGAUCUUAACAUCGAACUUGGUGAUACUUUAGCAGUACAGGAAGGUGAUCAGUCCGACCAAGUUUCUGAAUCCCCCACGGAUAAUGUGUCUAAAGAUACUCUUGAUUCAAAGUCUUCUCAUAAUGAUCCUUCUAAUGUUAACACAGAAUAUGCUCCACCUUUAGCAGUGCAGACAGAAGUUCAGUCCAACCAACCUUCUGAGGGAGACCCUGUUGUUGUUCAAGAAACUACUCUGGACUUAGGUAAGAUUCUAAUGCCAGAAAAGGCAGAUAUUUUUUAUGGAGAGCAUGUGGCACAGUCAGAACUCUCUGCUGCUGAAUCAUUUCAGCAGAAUAAUAACGAGAAUUUUACUGAACAUUCUGAUGUACAAGAUGCCACAGAUAAUUUGGAAAAUGAGAGGAUCUUUGAGAAAACUCUUGAGGUAGAUGAGCAAAAUCAAGAGAAAAGUUUUGGAGGUUCCUUCUUCUUUUGUGAUGGUCAAUACAGAUUGCUUAGAGCCCUAACUGGGGGGUCAAAGAUUCCAUCUGCAGUAAUAGUAGACCCAAUUUUGCAGCGACAUUAUGUUUUAGCUGAAGAAGCAGUUUUCAGCCAUUCUUUACUAGCUGAGUUUCUUGAUAGAUUUAUUAAUGAGAGUCUUCCUCCAUAUCAACAAUCUGAGCCUUUUGCUCCAAAUCCCAGGGUGGCCCCAAAUCCACCAUUUGUCAAUCAGGAUUUUCAUGAAGCAGAUUCUAUACCUCGAAUAACAGCUAAUAGCUUUACUGAGCUGGUUCUUGGAAAUCUUUCUGACCCUAUGUAUGGUAGCAAUUCUUGGAGUCGAGAUGUGUUGGUUCUUUUCAGCAAUAGUUGGUGUGGUUUUUGCCAGAGGAUGGAGUUGGUUGUUCGUGAAGUAUAUCGAGCAAUCCAUGGAUAUGCAAAUAUGCUAAAGACUGCAUUUGUUGACAACAAAAUGUCAUUGACUGAAGAUGGUCUGACAAAUGCCUUGGUGAAGCUUCCCUUGGUUUACUUGAUGGACUGUACAUUAAAUGACUGCAGUUUGAUCCUGAAACCACUGGUUCAGAGAGAAGUUUAUCCAUUACUACUAUUAUUUCCAGCUGAGAGCAAGAAUGCUGUCCUCUAUAAAGGAGAUGUAGCUGUAUAUGAGAUCAUUAAGUUUCUUAAAGAACAUGGCAAUGAUUCGUCUGGUCUUGUUAGGGAGAAAGACUCUUUAAGGACUGGAGCUGGAGAGGAAGAAUUGGACCAGAACUUACAAAAAGAUGCUCCUCUCCUGAAAAAUUUAUACCACGAAGUUUUACUUAAAGAUAGAAUGCCAAAUUCAGGGGCUAAGCACAGACAAAUAGUAAGUUCUCUGAAUGGUUUGCAUCAAACGCCCCUUCAAGUGGUGGUUGGUUCCAUGCUAAUUGCAACAGACAUGCUUCUGAAUUCUCAUCCAUUUGGUGAAUCCAUAAUUCUCAUUGUGAAAGGAAAUCAGAGCUUAGGAUUUCAAGGUCUAAUUGUGAAUAAGCGGAUCAACUGGGAGUCUAUAGAUGAAGUCGAGGAAGGUUUAGAAUUUCUUAAGGCAACUCCUCUAUCUUUUGGUGGUCCUGUACUCAAACGCGGAAUGCCUCUUGUGGCUUUGUCAAAAAGAAUUAUUGAAGAUCAUAAUCCGGAAGUCCUUCCAAACAUCUACUUUCUUGAUCAAGAAGCUACACUCCGUUUACUAGAUGAAGCGAAAGCGGGAAACCAAUCUGUCCAUGAUGUUUGGUUCUUCUUGGGAUUUUCAAGAUGGGAUGGGGACCAACUAGUUAACGAGAUUAUUGAAGGAGCUUGGACUCUGAGCAAAGGUACCGAGGAGAAACUAGGUUGGCCUCUAAUGUAAACUAAACCAUCAAAAGUAGGGUGAUCAAAGAUUCAAGACCCAUGUAGGAUUAGCAUAGCCUACAGUAUAACCACUUGUAUCACAGCUGUACAUAAGAUUUUUUUUCUCUCUCACAUGAUUAAGUGAUUAACAGCAUGUAUGAUUGCUUCAUUCUGAGUUUAUCCAGUUUUGACUACAAUGAAGGAAAUAGUGGUUUUUCAUAUC